UCGAAACCCUACUCCCCCGAACCCCCAAGCCGCCGCCGUCGCCGUCGCUGCCUCCACCUUCCCGAGAACGCAGCCAUGCCGCCGAAGCUCGACCCAACCCAGGUGGUGGAUGUGUUCGUCCGCGUGACCGGCGGUGAGGUCGGCGCGGCGUCGUCCCUCGCCCCCAAGAUCGGUCCGCUCGGUCUCUCCCCGAAGAAGAUCGGAGAGGACAUCGCCAAGGAGACGGCGAAGGACUGGAAGGGCCUCCGCGUCACCGUCAAGCUCACCGUCCAGAACCGGCAGGCCAAGGUCUCCGUCGUCCCCUCCGCCGCGGCGCUCGUCAUCAAGGCGCUCAAGGAGCCCGAGAGGGACCGCAAGAAGGUGAAGAACAUCAAGCACAACGGUAACAUCAGCCUCGACGACGUCAUCGAGAUCGCCAGGACCAUGAGGCCCAGGUCCAUGGCCAAGGAUAUGUUCGGCACCGUCAAGGAGAUCCUCGGUACCUGCGUCAGCGUCGGCUGCACCGUGGACGGCAAGGACCCCAAGGACCUGCAGCAGGAGAUCACCGACGGCGAGGUCGAAAUCCCCUCUGCUUAAGCAGGUUUGGCAUUGAGGCGGUUGUUAUGUGAGGCUGCUGAAGUAGUUUUUCUACCUAGAUGGUUCCUGGUGCAGUCCAGAGAAUGGAAGACUGUUCUGUUCACUUGUCCUGCUCUUGCUCAAGAAGUAAACUUUUGUCAUGCUUUAGUGGUACCCAUGUGAGACUUUUUUUUGCCAUGCUAUAUUGUUUACCUUGCGAAAUCAAUGUUGUUAAUGCAGCUAGAUUUAUAAUGUUAUUGAGUUUUCU